AUGGACACAAAACUGGUUCCCAACCAGGGAGAAACAGAUUUCCAAAUGGCGUUGAAGUUCUCGAUGAGCUUAUUGAUUAAACAAUUGUUGAAAAAUCGUAAACUGGAUCGGUACGCGUUUGCCAUAUAUACACCAGGCGAUGUUCAAUUCCUUUACUCCAAUACGCCGGUCACCCUUUCGAAAGUCAAACAAUUUUACGAGGCGCUGGUGAGGGCACACAGUGUAGCCUCGGACACAAGCUCGGAGUACAGCAUACUCGAUGCACUUGCGAAUGCUUUGCAGAAUCAAAUUGCAAAUAAAUUUGUUAGAAGUAUUUGGGUCCUCACAAAUGGAGCAUGUUCAAUUGAAGAGAGCAAUGUGGACGUUGACAAGUUGCGAAACAUUUCCGAGAGCUGCAACGUUGCCACGAAUUUGUUGCUUUUAGGAAACGAAGGAAAUGGAGAAUCGAAGAAACACUUUGAGAACUUUGCCGAAACUUUCGACGGGAGGUUCAGUGUAUUUUCUUUCGAUGAACUUGCUGCCAAAGGUCCGCCUUUGAAGUUAAUUGGUCCUCGUUGCCUGACCGAUUGCUCGCUUGCACUUAUCCAAGGAGGUGCAAUAAGCGAUGAUAUACAGCUUGACGUGCAAGUAUAUCCAGGGAUCAAGGUACAAACUCAAGCACAUGGUCAUGAAUACGUGCAAGAUUCAAAUUCGGAAGGUAUUACUCGUGUGAAAAAGCAAACCAAGUACUAUAUCAAGGCAAAUUCAGAUAUUGCAGACGAAAUUUUUGACACAAGAAAAUACAACAAUGACGAUAGCGACGCAAAUGAGGAUAAACAAUACAUUAGAGAUUCUGAGUACACAUACGGCUUUAAGUAUUCACAAAGAAAUGUUGUUGCGUUGUUACCGGAGUUGGAGGAAGCUGCUACUUUGGAAACGGUCCCUGGGAUAAAUAUUAUAGGCUUCAUUGAGACGAGAAAAUUACCCAUUACGUAUUUAACGGAUGAGCCUUCUUAUGUUGUUCCUAGUUCCAGGUCUGCUCCCGAGAACGAAGUCGCCUUCAAUUCGUUUGUCCAAGCAUUAACUGAACUUAGGUUUGCAGCUAUUGUGCGUUAUGUUCAGAAGGAGACUUCCGAAGCCCAAAUAUGCUGUGCGCUUGCUCAGAAAUUGAAGGUUGGGGAAAAAUGGGGGCAUGCUCUCAUUCUUCAUCGAUUGGCCAUGAAGGAAGAUGAAAAGAUUGGCAAAUUUCCGGAAUUCAAACAACCUGAGGAAAGUGGUCUUGAUUCUGUAAUGGAGAAGUUUGUUGAUAGUAAGAAGUUGGGAAAUGACACAACUCAAUCAGAUAGCUUGAAUAAUUUGAAAGUUGGCCUUCUAGAGUCCAAGCCGUUUACUUCGGAAGAGAAUUUGAGCACUUCGUUAGAAAAUAUGCUCCUACCAGCAAGUCCUGCUUCAAAACGGUUCAACUACUAUGUUCAAAAACUUCUCUACAAAUCACUACGCACAGAGGGCACAUUGUCUAAUUUUGUUAAUCAAGACCAAUUCAUUGAGAAAUUUUUAACGAGUGACGAAAAGCAUACAUUGCUCAAUCUUGGUAAUAUAUUUGACGUCAACGAGAAAGCUCUAUAUGUUGAAGGUUUCGAAAAAGCAUUCGAGACUGAGGCCAAGUUGAAACUGGUAUUUGACAUCAACUUCGCGGUGCAGGCUAAACCAAGUCGCAAGAAGAGGAAAACAGAUUCUGUGUUUGGUUCUGAUCGAAACGAUCAAUUUGACGAAUAUUUUGAAAUAGACGACAUUUUAGGUGCAUAG